GGUAGAAUUUUGCGUGCCGGCUUGGCUUGCUCAUCGUAUUCUGAGCCACUCGCACCUCAGUUAUUGUUCUACUUCACUACCAAAAUGUUCUACUCGGUACAGUUUACUAUCGUUAUUCUCACUCUUGCUCAGCAAAUCUUCUCUUUAGGUUUGAAACGGAAGUCUCACCCGGUACGAUCUGUCGCGUAGAGGGUAGCGUCGGCCGCUGUGUACACUUUAGAAAUGAUCCGAAAUAUCUCACGCUACUAUUGAAGAGUACGAGGACAGAGGUGGAUGACUCAUACCUUCUGAAGCAUGUCUGCGAUCGUCGGAAGGGUUUGACCUGUCGAACGGGAUCGGUGAACGAUGACGAGUGUGGGGUGCAGAUGGAAAAUCGAAUAGUUGGUGGGCUGCGGACAUCUAUCGAUCAGUAUCCAUGGAUGGCACUGCUUCAAUACUUCAACCAACGACGAGGAACGAAACGGUUCGCCUGUGGUGGAGUGCUUCUCAAUCGAAGAUUUGUCCUCUCGGCGGCUCACUGUUUCGUCAGACUUCCUGCUGGAAUUGAGCUACACAAGGUUCGUCUUGGAGAAUGGGACACCGAGUCCGACAUCGAUUGUGAAGAUUUGGAUGAUGAACUUUCCUGUGCAGCUCCGGUGCAGGACUUUGAUUACAAGAAGCUUAUCAUCCACGAGGGUUACAAUGGCAAUCAUGCCGAUCGGGCCAAUGAUAUUGCGUUGAUCGAACUGGACGGAACGGCUGUGUAUAAUGAAUUCGUGAAGCCAAUCUGUCUACCCGAACCUGGCACACCGAACAAGGAGAAGCUUUACUUUGGCAACAUGUGGGCUGCUGGAUGGGGUCGAACGGAAACAGCUUCCGGAAGUCGAUUCAAACUGUAUGUCCCGCUCGAUCAGUUCGAUCUGCAGACCUGCAACGAAACGUACCAAAGGCGAGUGAAAGUCCCGCUUACGGAAACGCAAUUCUGUGCCCUGGGAACUCCCGGCAAGGAUACGUGCAACGGAGACUCUGGCGGACCGCUUAUGAAAACUAUCCAAACCCUACACUACGUCGUGGGCAUUGUUAGCUUUGGGCCUCAAAAGUGUGGUAGCGGCAUACCGGCCGUCUAUACUCGGGUGGAUAAGUUCUACGACUGGAUCGUUAGUCAUAUGGUGGAGUUUGAAAGUUAAGGUAUAUUCGUUUACGCUAAACCACAUUAAACCUGUUGUCAUGGGUAAUGCUGAAAA